AUGGGAGACAAAUUCGAAUUACUGAGGAAGACGCCAACCAAAAGCAGCACCGCGCGAAAGCAAGAGGGCAAGCUGAGGAUACGCGUCAUCUUCCUGGACGGCAGCGAAUGCUUUUUCGAGGUUGAGAAUAGGAUUUUGGGUGGGGACUUUUUCAACAAAGUGUGCGGGCACCUGAAGCUGCUGGAGAAGGAGUACUUUGGCUUGGAGUUCCGUCACCACACCGGCACCUAUGUUUGGCUGGAGCUACUCAAGCCUUUAUCAAAACAGAUCAGAAAGGAUUCCAGUGAACUGGCCUUCCGCUUCAUCGUCAAGUUUUUCCCCCCAGACCCAGGGCAGCUGCAGAGAGGAUUGACGAGGUAUUUAUUUGCCCUCCAGGUGAAACAGGACCUGUCCAAUGGCAGCCUGACAUGCAAUGACAACAGCGCUGCCCUCAUGGUCUCUCAUAUACUACAGUCAGAGUUAGGGGACUAUGAUGAAGAGCUGGAUGCUCAUCACCUGGAGACAAAGAAGUACAUUCCAAAUCAGGAGUACCUGGACCACAAGAUCAUACGCCUCCACAAGAGACACAGAGGCCACACUCCGGCCCAGUCGGACUCGCAUCUGCUGGAGGUGGCACGUAAGCUGGACAUGUAUGGCAUCCGGCCUCACCCUGCCCACGACGGAGAGGGCAUGAGAAUCAACCUCGCUGUCACACACCUGGGCGUGCUGGUCUUCCAGGGCAACACGAAGAUAAACACCUUCAGCUGGGCCAAGAUUCGUAAGCUGAGCUUCAAGAGGAAACACUUCUUGAUAAAGCUGCAUGCUAAAGUGGUGCCCUCACGAAAAGACACGGUGGAGUUUGCCAUGGCUAGCCGGGAUGUGAGCAAGGCCUUUUGGAAGAUGUGUGUGGAGUACCAUGCGUUCUUCCGACUGACCGAAGAGCCCCAGACACACAAGAAGUCCCUCCUCUCCAGCAAAGGCUCCAGCUUCAGAUUCAGGUUGGACCAAUCAGAGAGCUUGCUGGAACAUAUUGCUACUAUCACGUAG